CCCUGCACUGAUGUGCGGUAGCCUGCCCUCUCUCUCACUUGCUGCCCGGGAACCCCUCUUGGGAACGUGAGUUCUGAUCGCGCGUUUACCCCGUUGCACUUGAAGAGUGGACUUGUUGCCCCUGUUUGACAGACUGUGGAGCAUGGGUUCCCUAACCAGCCCAGCGCCCUGGCCUUCGACCCUGAGCUGCGCAUCAUGGCCAUCGGGACCAGGUCCGGAGCUGUGAAGAUCUAUGGCGCACCCGGUGUGGAGUUCACGGGUCUGCACCAGGAUGCAGCCACUGUCACCCAGAUGCACUUCUUGCCUGGCCAGGGCCGCCUACUGACCCUCCUGGACGACAACAGCCUGCACCUCUGGGAGCUCGUCCCUUGCGGCGGCUGCGCCCACUUGGAGGAAACACUCAGCUUCCAGCCCCCCAGCCGCCCCGGCUUUGACAAUGCCAGCUCCCUGCCCAGUCUCUCCCGGGUCACUGUAGUCCUGCUGGUGGCUGAUGGUGCCAGGGCAGCGUUGGGCACCGAGGGUGGCAGUGUCUUCUUCCUGGAUGUGGGUACACUGACGCUGCUCGAGGGCCAGACCCUGGGCCCGGAGGAGAUCCUGCGAAGCCUUCCAGAAGACUACCGAUGCGGGAAGGCACUGGGCCCCGUGGAGUCUCUCCAGGGCCACUUGCACGACCCCAGCAAAAUCCUCAUUGGCUACAGCCGGGGCCUGCUGGUCAUCUGGAGCCAGGCUGCCCGCUGCGUGGAUCGGGUCUUCCUGGGCAACCAGCAGCUGGAGAGCCUGUGCUGGGAGCGUACCGGAGGCAUUGUCGUCAGCUCCCACAGCGAUGGCAGCUACGCCGUUUGGACUGUGGGCUCAGGCAGCUCCCUGGUGCUGCAGCCUACGGAGGCCACAACACCCUACGGUCCCUUCCCCUGCAAAGCCAUCAACAAGAUUCUAUGGAGAAACUGCAGGUCAGGGGGCCGCUUCCUCAUCUUCAGCGGUGGUAUGCCACGGGCCAGCUAUGGAGACCGCCACUGCGUGAGUGUGCUGCAGGCCGAGACCCUGGUGACUCUGGACUUCACGUCCCGCGUCAUUGACUUCUUCACGGUGCACAGCAUGCGGCCUGAGGACGACUUCGACGACCCCCAGGCUCUGGCUGUGCUGCUGGAGGAGGAGCUGGUGGUGCUGGACCUGCAGACUCCUGGCUGGCCGGCCCUGCCCGCCCCGUACCUGGCCCCGCUGCACUCAUCCGCCAUCACCUGCUCCGCCCAUGUUGCCAACGUCCCUGCCAAGCUGUGGGCCCGUCUCGUGAGCGCGGGCGAAAAGCAGAGCCCCCAGCCUGCCUCCAGUGCCUCAAGCUGGCCCAUUACUGGGGGCCGGAACCUGGCCCAGGAGCCAUCACAGCGUGGGCUGCUACUGACCGGCCAUGAGGACGGCACUGUGCGGUUCUGGGACGCCUCUGGUGUGGCGCUGCAGCCCCUCUACAAGCUUAGCACAGCUGGUCUAUUCCAGACGGACUUUGAGCACGCCGACAGCUUGGGCCAGGCUGCUGAGGACGACUGGCCGCCCUUUCGAAAGGUGGGCUGCUUCGACCCCUACAGCGACGAUCCCCGGCUCGGCGUGCAGAAGGUGGCGCUUUGCAAGUACACAGCCCAGAUGGUGGUGGCUGGCACUGCAGGCCAGGUGCUGGUGCUGGAGCUGAGUGACAUGCCGGCUGAGCGGGCGCUCAGCGUGGCCAGCGUGGACCUCCUCCAGGACCGAGAGGGCUUCACGUGGAAGGGCCACGACCGGCUUGGCCCUACCACGGGGCCACUGCCCUGGCCUGCCGGCUUCCAGCCCCGCGUGCUGGUGCAGUGCCUGCCGCCUGCUGCCGUCACCGCCGUCACGCUGCACACGGAGUGGGGCCUCGUGGCCUUUGGCACCAGUCACGGCUUUGGUCUCUUUGACUACCAGUGCAAGAGCCCUGUGCUGGCCAGGUGCACCCUUCACCCCAACGACUCUCUGGCCAUGGAGGGGCCCCUCUCAAGGGUGAAGUCCCUCAAGAAGUCCCUGCGGCAGUCUUUCCGGCGCAUUCGGAAGAGCCGGGUCUCCGGCAAGAAGCGGGCUGUGACCGCCAACAGCAAGUUGCAGGAGGCCAAUGCGCAGCUGGCAGAGCAGGCCUGCCCCCACGACUUGGAGGUGGCACCUGUCCAGCGCCGCAUUGAGCCCCGCUCGGCGGACGACUCCCUCUCUGGGGUGGUGCGCUGCCUCUACUUCGCUGACACCUUCCUCCGUGACGCUGUCCACCACGGCCCCACGCUGUGGGCCGGCACCAACUCGGGCUCCGUGUUUGCCUAUGCCCUGGAGGUGCCGACAGCGACAGCGGGCAGCGAGAAGCGGCCUGAGCGGGCGGUGGAGGCUGUGCUGGGCAAGGAGGUGCAGUUGAUGCACCGUGCCCCUGUGGUGGCCAUCUCGGUGCUGGACGGGCACGGCCGCCCACUGCCAGAACCCUAUGAGGCCUCCCGGGACCUGGCCCAGGCGCCUGACAUGCAGGGUGGUCACGCUGUGCUCAUCGCAUCUGAGGAGCAGUUCAAGGUGUUUACUCUGCCCAAGGUGAGUGCCAAGACCAAGUUCAAGUUGACAGCCCACGAAGGCUGCCGUGUGCGCAAGGUGGCGCUGGCCACGUUCACCAGCGUGGCCUGUGAGGACUAUGCCGAGACCUGCCUGGCCUGUCUGACCAACCUGGGCGAUGUCCACGUGUUCUCUGUGCCCGGCCUGCGGCCCCAGGUGCACUACCCGUGCAUCCGCAAGGAGGACAUCAGCGCCAUCGCCUCCUGCGUCUUCACGCGCCACGGCCAAGGUUUCUACCUGAUCUCCCCGUCGGAGUUUGAACGCUUUUCCCUCAGUGCUCGGAACAUCACCGAGCCAUUGUGCUCGCUGGAUAUUUGCUGCCCCCGAGGGACCGCCUGUGCCAGCUAUAGGCUCCACGAGUCACCCAAGCUGAGCCAGGCGAACGGGACCCCGAACAUCAUCCUGGCCCCACGGAGCUGUGACGGGAGCCCCAGUCCUGCAAGAAGCAAGGGAGCUGGGGACAUGCUGCAGCCACCUGAGGCCACGCUCUCACCCUUGUCCGUGGACUCUGCCACCAGCGCCGACACCACGCUGGACACGACGGGGGACGUCACGGUGGAGGAUGUGAAGGAUUUCUUGGGCUCCUCAGAGGAUCCCCAGAAGAACGUGAGGAACGCGGUGCAAGAUGAGGCCUGCAGUUGCCCCAUUCUGAUCAAAUGAGGGCCCUGGCCGCCGUGGGACAGAGCCGGUCUAGUGCUUGGCUAUCAACCCGGUGUCCUCGAAGUGCGCCCCAGGUCACUGUCCUCACUGACUGAAGGCUGAGGGGCAGCUGUGCGGCCUGGCUCUGCCUCCUCCUCCAGGAGUCUCGGACCACCGCCUGUCCUGCUUGGAGCUGCAGCCCUGGACCCCUGGCUCCUGCCCGGCCCCUUAACAUAGACCCACCCCCUGCUAACUGGACCUGUGUCCUGCCCCCACCCCCCACCCCCCCUGGGCCAGGAGCAGGCAGACGCAGGCUGGGCCGCUGACAGGCCAGGUGCUCCACAUGCCGUCCUCCCUCCUCCCUUUGCAGAGAGUAUUUUUCUAAUGCCUGGGCUGGGCACUCAUUUCUAAAAUUAUUUUGGUACUUGAUCCAGGCCCUCAACCCCCAGGAGUACACACAUGGACUGAGUUCCAGUUGGCGGUGUGUGGGAUAGGGGUCAGAGUGGGUUUUCCUGUAGAUUGUACCAGGAUUUUUUUUUUCCAUGUCAUUUUGUUAAAAUUAGUGGUCUUAAUAUUAAAAAUACUGAUUUUUAAUAUUGA